AUGCUUGAGGGACUCGCACAGAGUGAUGACGAUGACAUUGAACCAGCAAUCUAUUACGAAGCAGGACCCUUCGUUCACCCACGAGAUUUCUACCUUCUCUCAUUCAACAGGGCAAAGCAACCAACUCAUGAGAUCGAGGUGGGGAUGCUGAAACCUCUUUUUGCACUGGGCGCGGGCACCGCAAGACCCAAAGUUCGUGCUUACACGUCCGGACUUGAAAAGCUAUACAGAAUAUCCUUGUAUCCGAAGAUGGGAAGAGUACAUGACUUCAUGCAGCAGUACCUAGCUCUGCAAGGGAACUCCGGGCCAUCACACACUGCUGUUGCUGCUGCUUUUCAAGGUUCAUCGGUAACUCACAAAUCACUCUUUGUUGAGAACCUUCUUAUAUCUGUAAACUCUUUAGAACCUCCUGAAAACAAGUAUGAGACAAUAGAGAUGUAUGACCUAUUAUAUGAUCUAGCAGAGGGUGAGGUGGAUGAUUUUCUGAGAAAGGCUUUAAGACUCUUAUGGAUCAAAGUGUGA